AUGUAUCACAUGAUCUGUGAGACUCUACCCGAGCAUCGCUAUCGUGGAUUACGCGUUGCACCGCAAAUGUUUGAGCGACAGAUCGCCUGGUUAAAAGACAAUGGUUGGACCUUUGUCACCAUGUCCGAGUUGCGGGAGCAGUACGAAUCCUUGCCUCCCAAAACUGUUGCGAUCACAUUUGAUGACGGCUUCCUGGACAAUCUAACAGCGGCACUCCCUGCCUUACAGAAACAUGAUGCGAAAGCGACACUUUAUUUGCUGAUCGAUCGCCACGAUAACGAAUGGCAAACGAACAAGAAGGCCCACCACAACUCAGGAGAAAUCCUCCGUGAGCAGAAGUUGACUGACGAGCAGGUCAGGGAAAUGCUUGCUUCUGGAUUGAUCGAGUUGGGUGGGCAUACCAUCAGCCAUCUUAAUUUGCAGAAAGCAACACCUGAGCAAAAAGCAGCAGAAAUCCAGGGCUGUCGCCAAACAUUGCAAGAACUGUUUGGCGAAGAAUCCAAGAGCUUCGCCUACCCUUUUGGCUUAUUUGAUGACAAAGAUGUCGAACUCGUGGAGCAGACAGGCUUUACAUCAGCUGUGACAACCAUUGAAGGAAGAUCGCGAGAAGGACAAUAUUUCAUGAGACAUCCCGUCGCUGAACGAGUCAAGCAGAUUGUCCGUCCUUCGUUGUAUCGUUUCUUCUAUAAAGAUAAAGCGAUCUAUGAUUGCCCCAUUUGCCAUUACCAUGGCCCUUUCAAGGAUAAACGGGUCACAAACAAGGAAGAGACGAAGCGCCUCGAUUCCAAAUGUCCUCAGUGUGCUGGGACAGAACGACAUCGCAUGCUGUCGCUGGUGAUUGACGAAGUCUUCGCUGACCGAGAUUGCUACAAAGAGAGCGUCCUGCAUUUCGCACCGGAAGCGUGCCUGCAACCUCGUUUGCGAAAAUUAUUCAACGAAUACAGCACUGCUGAUCUCUUCAUGCCCAAUAUGAAUUACGUUGAAGAUGUUCAAAAAAUGAGUUUUCGAGACGGUCAAUUCGACUGCGUUCUGAUCUCACAUGUGAUGUCCAGCGUGCCAAGUAUGAAUCGCUCAUUCAAAGAAUUGAGACGGAUUACCGCACCAGGUGGGGUGGUGAUCAUCGCAGAAGGGUUCACAUUAGAUCAAACCGACGAAUACCCGGAACAGCGAGGCGACUUCUAUCGAGAAGUUGGUCUGGAUGCCGUUGAUCAACUGAAGCAGUUAUACAGCAGAGUCGAGAUGUUCGUCUCUGACCGCUACGAGGACCGUUAUCAACUGAUCAACAUGAUGGAAGUCAACAGACAAUGCGACGAUGGCUAUCCUGAUCAGAUACGAGUUCCAGGGAAAGAACGCGGCCUGAAGAAGUUAUUCGAUGUGCUGGCGACCACACCAUUACACGAUAAGUAUUGGAUGAAUGGUGGCCUGCUGUUGGGCUGCAUCCGCGAUGGUGGUCCGAUGGAAUACGACGAUGACGCCGACUUCUCAUUCUGGAAAUCAGAUCGCCAAUUGAUGGAAGAAGCCAGCAAGGAUGAUCGAGAAGUUCAACGCUGCAAAAAUGUCAAUCCGAUUAUCCCUUUGCCUGAUCGGAUUGCGAUCAUUGAGGCUCUCCGGUUCGUUGACGAGGUUGUUAGCUACACUGAUGCCUUCCAGGGACCACUCCUCGAAGGACUUGAGAUCGACGUCUUCGCUUGCGGUGAUGAAUAUGGUCAGGUCGACGAAUAUCCCGAUCAGAAACGAACAUUGAAAUACUGCGAAGAGAACAAUGUUGAAGUGGUUCAUAUUCCCCGGACUCAUCGUGUUUCUUCAACAAACAUUCGUGGCCAACUCAAGAACUUCUGGGAUAGCCGAGCAAAACUGAAAAGUGAACUCUCUGCUGGUGUGACUGUCCUGGGGAGCUUUCAGGGCGACCAGCAGAAAGUCGAUGAAGAGACUCAGAUUGAAGUCGAUAUGAUUCUCGCAGCUGCGGGUGAGAAUGUCGGUGGCAGACUGCUCGAUCUCGGUUGUGGUGACGGACGACAACUGGGUGGUCUCUGUCCCAAGUUUGAACAGGUCGUGGGAGUCGAUUUCUCUGCCACUCUGCUGGACCUGGCCAAACAGCGACUUGGUGACAUCGGCAAGAACUGCGAACUCGUCGAGGCGGAUGUCUCUGAAUAUGUCAGCGAUGAAUCAUUCGAUGUGAUUCUGCUCUCAGGGAUUAUCCCCUGCCUGGAUGAUCUACAAAUGGACCGCAUGAUUGCCAACAUUGGUCAAAUGUCGAAGCCGAAUUCGAAACUGUUGGUUCGUUCAUCAAUCGGUCUUGAGAAGCGAAUCAACGUGGUCAACCAGUUCUCUUUAGAACUCAAGGAACGCUACACCGCUUACUACCGCUUGGUGAGCGAGAUUGAGGACCUCUUUCAGGAGAAUGGCUGGAACUGCGAGAAAAACAACCUGCUCUACCAGCAUCGAGAAGAUACCGCAGUCUGGUGGUUUGACUUCUCGCGCGAAGAGCAAUCUGAAGAGCGUCUCGCCUCUUAG